AUGGUAAAAACACAUCGGUUUGUGGGAGGUAUGAACAGGAGCCAGGCGCUGUGUAGUUUUGUGAUAAAAAUAAUACACCUUGUAUGGAGGUGUGCCUUUAAUAAGUCAUAUGGUAAAAAAAUAAUAAAUAACCAGCUCAGGAGGCGUCCUGGAUGACGUCACCACGAUGUGGAGAGACGGAGGGGGGGGGGGGGGGGGAACUCUUGCUGGAGCCGCAGCUUUAGAAGGAAGAAGUCUCUUGACAAAGCGCAUCCGCGCGAAACAUGUUGUCCCAGCAACCGGCCUCUUCCUUCUAAAGCUGCGGCUCCAGCAAGAGUUCCCCCCCUCCGUCUGUCCA